GCCCCGCCGCCCUCGCGGGGCGCUGGGCCGCCGUGGGGCGCGCCGCCGGUGUACCGCUGGUCGCCCAGCGGCGCGGGGGCGGGCUCCCCCAGCGCCGCCCUGGCCGCGCCCGCGCCCGCGCCCGCGGCGCCGCCGCGCGCGCACGCGAUGGCUGCGCGCUGGCCCGAGGCCGCGCCUCUCGACGAGCCAGCGCCCUCGACGCCGCUGAUGCGCCGGGCGCCGCCCUGCGCAGGCGCGCCGGCGCGCCGGCCGCUGUCCGAGCUCUUCGCCGCGGCCGCCGUGGCGGAGCGCCGCGAGGAGCCUCCGCCCGCGCCCCCCGCUGCAGCGGAGGAGCCCGCGCCCACGCCCGCGGCCGCAGAGGAGCGUCCGUCCGCCGCUGCUCCGCCGCUGUGGACCGGGCUCUCCCCGGUCGCCUCGCCGAGGGGGUGCUGUGAGGGGCCGCCUGCGCCAGCGGAGCCGCCCCGGCGGGCGGCGGCGCCCUGGACUCCAGAGGGGCCGCCGCUGGCGGCCUCGCCCCCCGCGGAGCCCGCGGAGCCCGCGGCCUCGCCCCCUGCCGCCGCCUCGCCGCAGAGGGGGCCGCGGUGCGCCGGGCUCUCGCCGGGCGCCGCCGGCUCCCCGAGCGAGCGCGCCGAGGCGCGGCGGGCGGCCGCGUUCGCGGACGCCACCUGCACGCUGCGGGCCGCCGCCGCCGAGGCCGGCGGGCGCAGGCCGGCGGCGGAGGCUUGGGCGCCGCCACGGCGGCCGCAGGGGGCGGGGCCGAGGCCCAUCGAGGCGCUCGACGCCGGCUUCGAGGAGGCCCUGCCGGCGCGGGGCGCGGGGCUGAGCCCGCGCUGGGCCGCGCGCGCCAGGCCCGCCGGGGGCGUGCCGCCGCGUGGCGCCGAGGGGCGCGUUGCCGCGCCGGCUGCCGGCGGCGCGGCCAGCCCCAGCAGCCCAGCCAGGCCGUGGGCCACCUCCGCCGAGAGCUCGGUGAAGGGCCGCGUCAUCCCGCCGCGGCACGAGCCCCAGUGCAGCAACGGUGGCGCCGCUGGGCCCGCGCAGCCCCCUUCGCCCGCGAUUGAGAAGAACGGUGGCGCCGCUGAGCCCGCGCAGCCCGCGUCGCCCGCGAUCAAGAGGCGGUCGCUGGGCCGGGCCCGCCGAUCGCCUGGCCGCGGCGCCAGGGUGAGGGCGCCGCUCAGACAGGCGCGGGCCCCUGCGGUGGACCUGUGCUUCCCCGAGAGCCGAUGGGAGACCCUGGUGCUCGAGGGCCACCUGACCUCGGAGGAGGAGGACCUCGGCUGGGGCCGCAGCCCCGCCAGCGGCCGGGGCAGCCCAGGCGGCAGCGCGGGGCCCCCCGCGGCCGCGGAGA